AUGGAAGAGGACCUUUACAAAACAGGGCUGUCUCAGAAGCUGCUUCUGAAGCAGCUGAAGAGGCCAGGUCAGAUGGGAGCCAGCUUGGGUAAUGCGGGAACCUGGGAGCUGCAGGAUGACACGGUGUUAGGGAGCAAGGUUGUGCUGCGGAAGCCAGCUCCUAUUGCCAGUUGGGACCGCAUAAAGGAGAGUCACAGCAGACACAGGGGGUCUGAAGAGGCCUUCUCCUCCCAGCAGGACACUCCCACAGAAGAACACUCACCUGGAAGAUGCACCACAGACACCCAGCCCGCAGAGGGACUGACCCAGAACCACCAAAGGACACGCAUACUGUCAGAAGAGCCCCGGCAAUCCCCACUGGAGCACAGGCAGCAUUGGAUGGGCCGGGAUGCCGAGGAGAGCAGGUUUGCGUGCAGCCAGUGUGGGAAGGUAUUCCUGCAGAGCUCAGCUCUGGCACUGCACUUGCGCUGGCAUGGCAAGAAGGCCUUCAAGCGACACGAGAGCAACAAGGCCUUCCCCUGGAGCACCGACCUCGUGGAGCACCAGCGCAGCCACUCUGGGGAGAAGCCCUUUUUCUGCCGUGAGUGUGGCAAGGCCGUCAGCUGCCACUCAUCUCUCAGCGUGCACCAUCGCAUCCACACUUAGAGGCCCUACAAGUGCGGCGCCUGCGAGGUCUUCAGCUGCAGCUCGCUGCUCAGCAUGCACCGCAGGGUGCACACCGAGGAGAAACCGUACGCCUGCAGCGAGUUUGGGAAGGCCUUCAACCAGCGCACGCACCUCACUGGCCACCUCCUCAUCCACACCGGCGAGAAGCCCUACAAGUGCGGGUGCGGCCAGGCCUUCACCUGCCACUCCUCGCUCACCGCGCACGAAAAGAUCCAUAGCGGCAACAAGCCAUUCAAGUGCGCCGAGUGCGGCAAGGCUUUCCACACGCGCCUCACCCUCCACCAGAGGACGCACACGGGGGAGAAGCCAUUCCAGUGCUCCGUCGGGAAGGCCUUCAGCUGCCAUUCCUACCUCCUGGUGCACCAGCGCGUCCACACCGGCGAGAAGCCCUUUGACUGCAGCAGGUGCUGGAAGGCCUUCAGCUGCCAUUCAUCCCUCAUAGUACAUCAGCGUAUCCACACCGGCGAGAAGCUUUACAAAUACCACCAGUGUGGCAAGUCCUUCAGCUAGAACCACUGUCUUAUCAAACAUCAAAAGGUUCACUCCAGAGGGAAGGCGUCCAAGUGCAGCGAGUGUGCAGGGGAGGCCUGCAGCUGGAGCCCACACCCGGAGCACCAGACGUUGCACUGCACGUUGAAACCUUUCGCCACCCAGCUCAAUAGACACCUGCUGAGCCCCUGCUGA